AUGAUUCAGCUUUCCAGAAGGCACAGUCUUUGCUCUUGUCAAAUGCUGUACUUCAGCUGUGUAACAGUGCAAAUGGGGAUCAGGGAAAUGUUUUGACCCAUAUGGCAGUCCUACUGGUGUCAGCAAAUAGAGAGCUUAAUUUGAAACGAAGAGAUCUCAUUUGUCCUGACCCGAACAAGCAAUAUGCUCCUUUAUGCAACCCAUCUACAGUUGUGUCAACAUUCUUGUUUGGAGAUGACCUAAACAAGGAAGUGGAAGAGUUAACAAAGUCACAAACUCAGCAAUAA